CGCGUUCCCUAUUCUUCACUGCAGUUUUUAUUUGGACAUGGAACGCGACGCGAAGACUUCGAGAUGUUUAUCACGCGCAAAUUAGUGAUCAAUUAGCGAAAAAAGAAAAAUAAUCCAUGAAACGCCUAUGACGACAUAGUGUUAAAGUUAAAUAGUCAACAACGCAACCAAUUGUUGACUGUGUGUGCGGGGCAUGCUGACUCAGCCACGGCGAACGACAAAGGCAGAUAUACGGGAACGAGAUAAAGUCCGGCAGCGGGACUCAUUUUAGCAUUUGCUGCUACUCUGCCUCCCUCCACAAAUGCGAAAGGCGUUAACAAGAGCAGCGGCACGUACAGAUGUAUACCAAUUAAACCGCAGUGACAUCUAUCCACUACACGCACACACAUACAUAGACACAGACACAUACUCGCACGCAGAUUAGUUUACGCACACACGGGCCAGACAGCGCCUCCUACAACACCCAACACCACAAACACAAACACACAGACAAAGCCACACGCGCGUACACACACACAGACACACACAAUGUCACAUUCGCCACUGGCAGUGUAUGGCUUCGCAGCAUGUUUUAUGAUUUUUUGGUUCGGUACAUGGUGCGUACAUUUAAUCGCGAUCUGCUAUGGCAAAUACAAAUUGCACAAGAAGUUGUGCAAGCUGCCCACAGAGUCCUCCCCGCUGCCGGGUGUUUCCAUACUGAAGCCAUUAAUGGGCGUGGAUCCGAAUUUGCAACAUAAUCUGGAAACAUUCUUCACCAUGGACUAUCCGCUGUACGAGCUAUUGUUUUGUGUGGAGGACAAACACGAUCCGGCCAUCAAGCUGGUGGAGCAACUGAUCGAAAAGUAUCCCCAGAUUGAUGCCCAGCUCUUCGUGGGUGGCUCCAAUGUGGGUGUCAAUCCCAAAAUCAACAAUAUCCAUCCGGGCUACAUGGCAGCCAAAUAUGACUUUGUCAUGAUCUCAGACAGCGGCAUCAAAAUGAAGAACGACACGCUGCUGGACAUGGUGCAGAACAUGUCCGAGCGACAUGCGCUCGUCCAUCAAAUGCCGUUCACCAGCGACCGGGAAGGAUUUGCGGCCACCUUCGAGAAGGUGUUCUUUGGCACGGUGCAGUCCAGGAUUUACCUGUCGGCCGAUGUGCUGGGCAUCAAUUGCCACACGGGCAUGUCUUGUCUGCUGCGCAAGGCGGUCAUCGAUCAGCUGGGCGGACUGCGCACCUUCGGCUGUUACCUGGCCGAGGAUUUCUUCAUUGCCAAACGGGUCAUGGAGCUCGGCUGGAAGAUGCGCAUCUCGAAUCAGCCCGCGCUCCAAAACAGCGGCCUCUGCGACAUAGCCAGCUUUCAGGCACGACUCAUACGCUGGGCGAAGCUGCGCGUUGCCAUGGUGCCAACGACAAUUCUGCUGGAGCCGCUGUCCGAGUGCAUGAUCCUGGGUGCACUGGCCGCGUGGUCGGCGUCGCUGCUCUUCAAGUGGGAUCCGCUGGGGUUUUACUUGGUGCACAUUCUGUGCUGGCUUCUGUCCGACUGGCUGCUGUUGUCGAUUGUGCAGCACGGCUCGAUGCCGUUCGGCAAGUUCGAGUUUGUCAUCGGCUGGCUGUUCCGCGAGCUGACCGGGCCGUAUCUCUUUCUGCACGCCCUGUGGAAUCCGGCCAUACGUUGGCGGACGCGCACCUUUAAGCUGCACUGGGGUGGCAUUGCCUACGAAUUGCCGCUCAAUUCACCCGCAACGGAUUCGCUAACAGCGCCACUGCAGCCGGCGCCCACGUUAUUGGCGUCAUCAACAGCAACAACAACAACAACAAACACGACAAAGGGCGCGGGACUGGGCACGCUGAGCGCAGCAGCCAAACAGCGAUUGCUGAUCUCGUAGCAGCAGCUAGUUCAAAUUUGUUUGUUAUAUGCGUAAUUGUACUUUCGUUAGGGACUCAGCGGACUGCGACACUGUGGAGCUACAGUCAAUGUUAGUAGUAUUAUUACUAGCCUAAACAAAACCCCCUUAGUCACUACAUAAACUUUAAUUUUAAGUAAGUCU